AUGAAACUUUUCGAUUUUCUUAAACGUAAAGGAUAUAAUAUGACGCUUUCUGAUAGCCAUCCAAUAAAUUCAAAUUUCAGAUUUUUUAAUCUAAAUAAUAAAUGGGCAUUACAAAUUGGAAAUUAUAGAAUCACAGGAGAUGGAGAUCAUGAUCUUAUUGGUAAUAAAAAUGGAAUACAAAUUAUUGUACAAGCUAAAUCUAGUGAAACAGACAGAUAUCCAAAACUUGAAAAAGAAUAUAAAAAAUUUAUAUGGAAUAUGAAAAAUCGAAGACCUGCUAAAGAAAUAGGAAUUUUCGUUGUAACAAAUGAAAUUAAUAUAAAUGCAUUUAAAGAUAUCACUUCAACUGAAUGCAAAAUAAUUAUUUGCUACUUCAAUGAACUAGAUGGAUAUAUUGAACAAAUAGAACAAGAACAUAUGAGAGAAAUGUUAAAAUUACAUAAUGAUAUUUCUAAUGCAGAAAAUUGCAUUGAUAACUCAAAUUCAAUAGAAGAACUUAAAGAUAUACUUAAAACAUUAAAAGAACAAUUAGAAACAAUAAGCAAUAUAAAAAACA